UUUCUUGCGCCCUUUUUAUUCCCUUUUGAACAUAUAAGAUGUCUGUCUCUAAUUCCCAAGGUAUUAACACUCUUUUGGAUGCUGAACGUGAAGCAGCCAAGAUUGUUCAAAAAGCAAAACAGUACCGUGUUCAACGCGCAAAAGAAGCCCGCUCAGAAGCUGCUAAAGAGAUUGAAAAUAUCAAGGCACAAAAAAAUGAAGAAUAUCAAAACUUUAUUGCACAGAACUCUGGACAAUCCGAUCAAAGUCUUGGUAAAGUAGAUGAAGAGACUGAAGCCAAGAUUCAAGAAAUUCGAAAGGCUGCAGCUGAAAAGAAACAAGAUGCUAUUGAGUUGAUGUUGAAGUCUAUUAUUUCUGUUGAUCCUAAACCCCACGUUAAUGCUCGUGCCUAAGCCCCACUUAAAUCAAUAAACAGGUUAUUACAUAAAGGCGCCUUUAUUGUUUAUUUAAAAAAGUUAUUUUUGUUUGAACGAUAAUAUGUAUACAUAAGAUAAAGAAAAAAGGGAGGAACAUACAAUAAAAC